AGACCCCCAAGAGCAAUGCAACGAACACCCUCUAAGCGACGACUCAAAGCGGGUACAAAAACAGGGUUCUCAUAGCCCAAACCGAGACGGCCGCCAAGCCGACGUCAAACGAACCGCCGUUCCCGCGGAUUUCUUCAAUACCGCCACCGAGAUGGGCGGAGGAACCUCUGCCGCUGCACAGAAUCCGGUUACCUUUCUUCCAGAUCUAUGGCUCAGCCAUAGAGAUUGGUUGUCUCCUAAUGAAGUCAUCAAAAUCAUCCAACAAAUCAGAGAUCCUCCCGCUGUGCUCGCGUUCAUCCACCAAUGGUCCAAUCGCAAGGACUACAAACCCAACAAAGAAAUCUACACUCUGGUUGUGUCCAGGCUUGCGGAGGGGUGUUUGUUUGAUGAUAUUGAAACAGUGAUGCUGAGAAUAAAAUCCGAAAGGAAUUUUCGGUUGUCCGAUGAAUUUUUCUACCACGUUAUCAAGAUUUAUGGCAAUGUUGCUGGGCGUAUAGGUAAAGCGAUUGAAACCCUUUUCGAUAUGCCUAAUUAUAACUGCUGGCCGAGUGUUAAAACCUUUAAUUUUGUGCUUAAUUUGCUUGUUUCGGCGAAGAUGUUUGACGUUGUUCAUGAGGUGUAUAUGGGUGCUCCUAAGUUGGGGAUUGAGAUUGAUGCUUGUUGUCUUAAUAUACUCAUCAAAGGGUUGUGCGAGAGUGGGAAUUUGAAUGCUGCACUCAAGGUGUUCGAUGAAUUUCCUCAACAAAAGUGUAGGCCAAAUGUGAGAACAUUCUCAACGCUUAUGCAUGCAUUGUGCGACAAUGGUGAACUAGAGAGAGCAUCUGAGCUUUUCUCUAGAAUGGAAAACGAAGGUGUUUGUCCAGAUACUAUAACGUUUAACAUAUUGAUUUCGGGUCUUAGAAAGCAGAAGAGGAUUGAAGAGGCCAUAGAACUUUUGGAUAGAAUGAAGCUCAAAGGCUGCUACCCCAAUGCAGGGACUUAUCAAGAGGUUUUGUAUGGCCUGCUCGACUCGGGUAGGUUGAUCGAGGCGAGGGAUUGUAUGCGUCGAAUGAUUUUGGAUCGUAUGGACCCAAGCUUUGUUUCUUACAAGAAAUUGUUGUCUGGGUUAUGCAAGAAGAAUUUGACUGAGGAUGUGGAUUGGGUUCUAAAGCAGAUGGUUAUGCAAGGUUUCGUCCCGAAAAUGGAGAUGUGGAAAGCGAUUUUACGCUGUAUGUUAGCAGGAAAUGAAGAUUACAGUGAAGCCACUGGUAAAGUAAUCGAAAAACUUAUAUGAUGCAAUGAUGUUCAUCUCGGUAUAACUGAAAAUCAAGCCGUUUGACGACUGAUAAACUGAAACGAACACGAAAUACAAGAUCGAAGAAUCGGGUAAUGUUAUGGACACAAGCUCAACACUUCCCUAACUUAGCUGCUGCUAAUACUGAAGAGCAAAUGAGUUGAAAGUUUCUUACCUAAAGAGGAUGAAGGGCGCAGCGCAUCAGGCAGAAAAUUCUCACUUGUUGCAGCUGAGGAGGCGCCACAGAUGAUGACAAUAAUGGAACCCGUGGAAUCAAAUACAAGAGACCACUGCACAAAUAGCUUCUUAAUUUCUAUAAACAUUGCAUGUUUACGGGUGUAAUAACAUCUCUUUACAGGAAUUCUGUUCACAAAUUCUCAAACUUCUACACGUUUUUGACAUCCUUUUACCUACACACUACCAUUUUUC